AUGGAUUUCUUCGUGGCGCUGCGGAAGUUUUUCGGUUCUCCAAGGUGCUGCUUCGCUAUCGCCGCCCUGUGCCUGGUGUUUUUUGUCGUUCCCUAUUCCAGAGAAGCUCUAGUAGUUCCGUUGCGCGUGAAGCUAUCAAACCCUACAGAACAACCCGUUGAUCCGUUCCCGAGCGCUUACGCCACUCAAUCUCGAAUUUCGGCCCAAUUAAUCAAUGACCCCUAUCCACACUAUGAUAGUGCGGAAUGGAAAUCGACGUCGAAAGGAUCGUACCAGCCGUGUAUUGGGCCCCAAGGACGACUCCUGAGCCGCAAAGAUGAAGAUAUGAUGAUGAGCGGGUUUCGCUGGAAUACUUCAGAUUUCCCAACUCCCACUUUUGGAUCGUAUGAGUCGUGGAAUUUGAACAACAGUCUCUGCGCCGAUCGCUACUCCCGAUAUGGUGCAUAUGGUUUCCUCGAGGGCAAGACCACCCGCCACAAUUGGAAUGGUACAUUCGGUUCCGACGAGGCCGCCGAAAUAAACUGGGAGCAGGUGGACUGGGCCAAUUUGCAAAAUGAGUGUCUGCAGCGCAAUAGUAUUCGCUAUCGCACGCAACCAUCCGAAGAGAAGAUAAUCGCUCUUUACAAAUCAUUGGAUUCGGAUGUGCAGCCUCGCGAGCCCCUGAAUGAAACAGACAAGACCGUCCCCCGGACAGCCGUUAUAUUGCGCUCUUGGAUCGGCAUGAAAUACACCGAGAAUGACUUGUAUCACAUUCGAUCUAUGCUGAUGGAGUUGUCACUCUACUCAGGUGCAGAAUAUGAGCUUAUUCUCCUGAUCGACUGCCAGGGCGAGAAAUUGCCCGAAGAGACCGAUUAUGCCGCCUGGAAGGCAUUCAAGGCAAAACAUUUGCCGCAGGAACUGUGCAGCCUGGCGGUAUGGUUUAACGAGGAAAUGUUGAAUGACUGGUAUCCUGGGAUUGAUGUUCAUGUAGCUAUACUGCAGUAUUUCCAGCCCACACAGAUCUUCUCACGACUACACCCUCAGUAUGACUACGUGUGGCAGUUCGAGAUGGACUCGCGGUAUAUCGGCCAUAUGUACGACCUUUUGCACAAGGCAACAGAGUUUGCGAAACAGCAGCCACGCAAGUAUCUGUGGGAGCGCAACUCUCACUUCUAUAUCCCUGCUGUUCAUGGCACCUGGGAAGAGUUUGUGAAGAAGGUGGAUCAGGAAAUGCCUGGCCAUGACAACAGCAGUGUUUGGGGCCCUCAUCCCGCGGAAGGAAUCGACAUCGAAGGGCAAGCUAUUAUCCCCCCUGUGCCACAUCCAAAAGAUGAGCCAGGGAGCUGGGGUGUAGGUGAAGAAGCCGAUCUGAUCACCUGGCUGCCUCAUUUCAACCCAGUUGGUACGGACUGGCCUUUCCGUGACCGUGUCUUCAAUUUCCCUCAAGACCAAGAGACCCCACGCUGGGCAGCUGUUGUAGCAAUGUCUCGCAUCUCGGCACGACUUCUCGGCAUGUUGCAUAAGGAUAAGGUGAAGUCCGGGGUUGGUCUCGCGUCCGAGAUGUCUCCUAUAUCCUGGGCUCUGUACUAUGGCUUGAAAGCGGUCCAAAUUCCUCAACCGAUUUACCAUGAUGCCAAAUGGGAUCCUGAGGAGUUGAACCGUCAUGUCAACCCGGGCGAACCUGGCAAGGUCAACGCUGGGUUCGACAGCAUCUGGAGCUGGGGUCAGCACGAUAAUAUUAUACACAAUACGACGUUUAUGUUCAACUCCGAAUUUUCGGAGAAGCUAUACAGAGCCUGGUUGGGCUAUGACGGUGCCAAAGAGUGGGAGAAGAACAACCCUCGACUCUGCCUUCCUCCUAUCUUUCUACAUCCAGUCAAAAACCUCGAGUCUGUGAAGACAAAGGGUAGUUGA